AACCCUAGAAAUGUCAAGAGUAAAUAGAAAAAUAUCUCUAAAAAUGAAAUAUUUUAUGAUUAAUCACAGUUUUGCUAAUAUUUAUUAAUCAGCACGUAUUCUAUUAAUAAGUUCUAUAUUUCUUCCUAUUAUUGUUAUUGAAUAGUGACAUUUACAAUUCUUAUUGGAAAAUUUCACGUAUUAUGAAUUUUUAUCACGUAAAAUGCACAAUUUACUAUUUUACACGUAUUAUUGUGUGUUAUUUCUGAUUGAUACACAAGACUCAGUGUUGGAAUAUCGUUCGGUGUUCAUAUAAAUAAUUGGUGUCGUUGUAAAAUAGGAUUUUCCUCUCUGGGCGUAACCUUCUUCAAAUCCGAUCGAAGGCUGUGCGAAAAUGAUAUUUUUUACCUUUUUCUGAAACGUAGUGAACUGUGUUUGUGUGAAAAAUGGCUGAGGACGAAGUGUUAUUUGACGAUGUGUACGAACUUUGUGAGAUUAUUGGCAAGGGACCAUUCAGUCUGGUCCGCCGAUGUGUGCACCGCCAGACUGGCCAACAAUUUGCAGUGAAGAUUGUGGAUGUUGCCCGCUUUACUGCUAGCCCUGGACUAAGCACUGCAGAUUUGAAACGUGAGGCGACAAUAUGUCACAUGCUAAAGCAUCCUCACAUUGUGGAGCUUCUCGAGACGUACAGCUCCGAGGGAAUGCUCUACAUGGUGUUCGAAUAUAUGGACGGCUCCGACCUGUGUUUUGAAGUGGUGCGUCGCGCCACCGCGGGGUUCGUGUACAGCGAGGCGGUCGCAUGCCACUACAUGCGCCAGAUCCUGGAGGCGCUGCGCUACUGCCACGAGAACGACAUCGUGCACCGCGACGUGCGGCCGCACUGCGUGCUGCUGGCGGGGCGCGACAACUGCGCGCCCGUGAAGCUCGGCGGCUUCGGCGUCGCCGCGCAGCUGCCCGCGCCCGCCUCGCACCGCGCGCCGCCCGAACUGGUGAUGGACAAUCGACCGCUAAUGGGUCCAAUGGGCCAAGCGUAUCUCAAAUCAGACGAGUACGGUCGCAUAGGCACGCCGCACUACAUGGCGCCGGAAGUCGUGUCAAGUCAGUUGUACGGGAAGCCGGUUGAUGUUUGGGCUGCGGGGAUACUCCUGCACGUGCUGUUGGUGGGGUACCUGCCCUUCACUGGCACAAGGGAGAGGCUGUUCGAAGCUAUAUGCAGAGGGAGAUUGAGAUUCGACGCACCCCUCUGGGAUGACAUCAGCGACGCGGCUAAAGAUUUGGUCCAGCGAAUGCUUACAGUGGACCACACGCAAAGAAUCAACAUCCAAGAGGUGCUCAAUCAUCGAUGGAUAAGGGACCGCGACAAGCAGAACCGCAUCCACCUGGCCGGCACGGUGGAGGAGUUGAAGAAGUUCAACAGCCGCCGGCGCCUGCGCGCCGCCACGCUCGGCGCCGCCGCCGCCGACGACGACGACGACGAACACCCCGCGCGCAGCCAGGCGCUGCUCGAGGAGGCCAACGCUGCAGCGGUGAAUCUCAUAGUGGAGUCUUUAGACGACAUCUCCGUUCUUCAAGACGGGCCGAGCUUCAUGGAUCCGGAUCUGUUUCACAGCGUCCUUGAUGAUCUGCAACUUAGAGCUCUCUUAGAGGUGUACGACCGCAUAGCGUGCACGGUGGUGGUGUCGUCGGGGCGGGCGCCGGCGGCGGAGGGCCGGCAGCGCUGGCGCGCCGCGCUCGACGCCGCCGCGCGCGCCCGUCCCGCACCAGCGCCCGCGCCCGCCGCCCGCCCCGCACCAGCGCCCGCGCCCGCCGCCCGCCCCGCACCAGUGCCCGCGCCCGCGCCCGCGCCCGCGCCCGCCGCCGGCGCGCUGCAGGACCUGCGCCGGAUACUCGCCCUGCCGCAUAUUAAGGCCCUACUACAGGCUCACGACGUGGUCGCACGCGAGGUGUACGGCGAGGAGUCGCUGCGCGCGUCACCGCCGCCUGUCAACGGGCGCAACACGGCACCGCCGCCGGAGGAAGAGGACGACACCGAGCCAGAGUUCGAGAACGUGACCAGGGUGCGCCUCGUGCAGUUCCAGAAGAACACUGACGAGCCGAUGGGUAUAACGCUAAAACUCGCGGACGACGGACGGUGCAUCGUGGCGCGCAUCAUGCAUGGCGGCAUGAUCCACCGUCAGGCGACGCUGCACGUCGGCGACGAGAUCAAGGAGAUCAACGGUACGCCGGUCGCGAACCAGUCCGUCGCUCAGUUGCAGAGGAUGCUGCGCGAAGCCCGCGGCUCCGUGACCUUCAAGAUUGUCCCAUCGUACCGGUCGGCGCCACCGCCGUGCGAGCUUUUCCGGAUAAAGCCUUCGCCCGUGCUAAUAUUCGUUAGAGCACAAUUUGAUUACGAUCCGUUGGAAGACGAAUUGAUACCGUGCGCUCAAGCUGGCAUCGCGUUCAAUACUGGUGAUAUACUGCAGAUCAUCAGCAAAGACGACUCUCACUGGUGGCAAGCCCGUAAGGACGCAUCUGGUGGAUCCGCUGGGCUCAUACCGAGUCCUGAACUCCAAGAGUGGCGCGCUGCAUGCGCCGCUGCCGAACGAUCUAACACCGACCAAGUUGGAGCAGAGGGCUGCGUGUCGCACACGGAAGGGUGUGAGAACACAGUGAACUGUUCUAUAUUCGGACGUAAGAAGAAGCAGUCGAAGGACAAGUAUCUGGCGAAGCACAACGCUGUCUUUGAUCAGCUCGAUGUCGUGACGUACGAGGAAGUCGUCAAGCUGCCCUCAUUCCAACGCAAGACAAUAGUGUUGUUGGGCGCCCACGGUGUCGGCCGCCGCCACAUCAAGAACACGCUCAUCUCGCGCCAUCCCGACCAGUACGCGUACCCUAUACCACACACAACCAGACCUCCGAGACCGGACGAAGAGAACGGCAGACACUACUAUUUCGUUUCACACGAUGAGAUGAUGGCUGACAUUGCUGCCAACGAAUAUCUCGAAUAUGGCACGCACGAAGACGCGAUGUACGGCACGCGGCUGGAGACGAUCCGGCGCAUCCACUCGGAGCGGCGCGUCGCCAUCUUGGACGUGGAGCCGCAGGCGCUGAAGAUCCUGCGCACGGCCGAGUUCGCGCCAUACGUCGUGUUCAUCGCCGCGCCGCCGCUCAACAACGUCGCUGAUUACGACGGAUCAUUAGAAGUCCUAGUCCGCGAAUCAGAGCAACUCCGACGCACGUACGGCCACUACUUCGACCUGACAAUAGUGAAUAACGACAUCGAUGAUACUCUCGCGCAACUCGAGGCUGCUCUCGCGAGACUCCGCUCGACACCGCAGUGGGUGCCGGUCUCCUGGGUCUACUGACCGGACUGGGAGUACUUGUAAUCGAUUGUACGAUCAAUGUAGUACGUGUAAUCGAUUAUAUUAUCGAUUUGUGUUAGGAAUAUCAAUCGAUUUUAGCCUGGCAGGUCUGUCGGGCUGCGAUCAAGUGACUUUACGAUCAACAAAAACAUAACGUGUUUCAAAAAAAUAUUGUCACUAGCCAAACAAAGAUCGACUUUAAUGUCAAUAAUAUUGGAACAUAAUUAUUACCUUAUCAAACGAAAAUUUACUUUAAAGUGAUCAAGAAAUUGCAAUAUAGCCAUAAUAUUUCGAAUAUUCUCUGCUCAAUUCUUAUAGUUUGCUCAACUUUAUGAUUUUAACCCAUUUGUAAGAAAUUUAUUAAAUAAUUGUAAAUCCCUUGUUAUUUUUUAUGAAGUUACUCAUGGCUUCUGAUUUAAUUUGUGAGACGCAAUUUUAAUGUCUACUCAAUGUACUUAAAAUAGAAUUGGAAAUUGAUAGUAUUAGCAGUAUAGUUUAAUAAUACCCACUUAAACUCAGUAUAAAUAUAAAAUAGGCGCAAAAUUGUAUCGAUUAAUCCAUAAUAAUUAUAUCAACAAAUCAUCAAAAUAUCCAGAAAUAUAUUCUAAAUAAUUCAUACCGUAUGCCAAUGUAUUACUAACUAGAUAAAAAAUAUUUUAAAAAAUACACAAGUUGAUCGUAAAGUCCAUUUUUGAUUAACACAAAGUGACAAUGAGAAUUUACUCUGAAUGGAAAUGAUAAAAAAAUGUUUGUGAGUUCAAAAUAAGCUUUGUUAAUAAUAUUUUAGCAAUUGUUAUCGAACGGGUUUGGGGGUAGUUCACCGACUGUAUGGAUUCCUAAUAAAAAAUGGGGGAGAAUAGUCCAUUUGCUUGAUAUUUUUUUAAUUGCAGGUAGCAACAAUCACAGGUAAUUCAGUAUUUUAAUAUCAUAGUUAACUAAUUUAUGUACUCGAUUGAAGGAUAAUGCGAGAUGUUGAAAAUUUUUGUUAAAAUAUACUAAUUGUUUUAUCGAUAGUUUAUUUAAAAGACAAUUGUUAUGAAUCUAUAAGAUCGAUUUUUGAUCAUGAUUUUAAUAAUCGUGAUGCUAUUAUAUUAUUAAUUUUAUUUUAUAAUCGAUUUAUUUAUUAAUAAAUAUUUUUUCGAUUUAGAGAUGCUACUAAAAUCUAUAUCUUGAAAAAAUAUUUUGUGAUUAUUUAAACUUUAUUUAAUAAUUUAUGGCAUGUGGUAUAUGAAAGCACAGAAUACCAAAUAUUUAGUGUGCGAAGUGACGUUGGAAUAUAUAGACAUUUCCAAGUAUUGAUAUUAUGUGUUUAAAGUUUAAUUUACUUAAUUCACAUGAAACGUAAAGUCUAAAAUAGCUUGCAUUAUUAAUUUGGUACAAUGCUCAAUUACACAUUUAUGUGCCAAAACUAAACACGAAUCAAUGAUUUUUCAAAAUGGAAUAUCUACAAUUUUGACAUCUCUUGCACAGCACGACACAUUCAAUGAAUUUUUGGAUCAAUGUACAUAAUUAUAAUUAGUAUAUAAAUUAUAUUAAAAUAAAAAAACCUAAAUCUUUAGAAAUGUACCGUAGCUCAAAAAUGUUUACUUCAACAUUUAAAUUUAAGAUCUAUUCUACUAUUAUUAGUGUCUAUUAUUAAUGAUAUUUCCAACUAUAGAAAUGCAUAGAAGCCUUCUUUAUUUCAUUAAAAAAUAAAAAUAAACUAUUACCAAUUGUGUUAUCAUCUAAACAUUCAUCAAGACAAAGUAACUAGCAGUUGUAGUCCAAUAAUCUCACGAUAUUUAAGGUUUUAUCGACCAUCGAAUGUCGAUAAAAUUUUAUAUCGAUAGUUGUAUGCGUAUACUAUUGCAGUGCAUUUCAUAGUUGGAAAACGAUCUACUGACUAUAAUUACAGGAUUAGAGAUCACAGGGUUGCAAGGAUCAUUAUAGAAAUGUAUCGAUUUUUCACAUAUUUUUUUUUGUACUUAUUGCUUUCAUUUUUAUAUUAUCUACUUAAUGAGUUAAUGUGGUGCCAUAGAAGUUGUGUUUACAUAAUUUAUUGAAAUACAUUUAAGUUUUUGUUUACACUUUGAUGUGAUAUUUAUUUAAAUAUAUUUGACACUUCGUAAAGGGACUUGUAGAAGGAAUAUUUAGAUUGCAAAUAUAUUCUUGAAUAUUUCCAUCAAUUAAAUAUUUUUUAUGUAAAAUGGUUUGGUGCAGAGGGCUCAAGCAUUGCAACCAUUUUACUUUAGAGUGGCGCCAUCUGUUAAUCUUGUUUCGUUUUCGAUAUUUUUAUACUUCAAUGUGACCGCAAAACGUAGGAAGAAACGGCCAUGUUGAAGACUUUUCAUACUUACGCUUGCACUACAUUCCUGUAUAUAAAAAAAAAGUAGUAAAAAAAUUACUAUAAUAACUCUCACCGUUUCACUAUUUUUACAUUUAAAAUUUAAUAUUAGGGUAAGUAGGUUUUAAUAUAAGAUUGUUUUUUCUUGAUUUUAAUUUAAUUUUUGAGGAGUCCUGGCAAAGGAAUAAUUUACUGAAGUCUUACGAUUGUCAUAUCAUGUUGUUUGUUAAAUAGUUGGUGUUGGAAGGAUAGGAUUUAUUUGAAUGUUGGUAAUAUCAAUGCGUUGAUGAAGUUGUAUUGCUGUUAUAUCUGGUUGUUAGUAUCGAAAGACCUUGAAAGAAAAUUAUAAUGAAGGAACUAAAGUCAGGACUUGAAAAUAAAUGAUUUUGUUUUUUUUUUAGUUAAAUAGUAUUGGAUCCACAUAAAAUUAAGUAAUAAGUUUGUAUUUAUGGACUAGAUAGGUGUGAAUGGAACACAAUAACACUUUUAAUAGGGUUUUAUUUGAACUAUAAUUUAUCAUUAUUAUAUUUAUCAAUCUAUCAUAAGUCAAGUUUUUAUAAUUUCAAUACUUUUAACAAUCCAAUUAAAAUUUCCUGAUAUUAGAUCCAUAGUGAAUUAAAAUAUUAUGAUAUACUAUAUAUAAUUAAUAUAAAUAUACUAAUAAAUUGACGAAACAAAACGCGACGAUGUGAAUGUAAUACUAUUUUAUGUUGAUAUUUAUUAAUGUUGCCAGAUCACAAAAGUCUAGUUUUAAAACAAAACUAUUGCGUAUUUGAAAUUAUUUGACAUGCAAUAAUAUAUGUUUAUUAGUGAAAUCUAUUUCGUUGCUAUUAGAAUUUAAUAAAUUUUAUUCUGUUGGAUUAAUACAAUAAUUGACUUUUGUCAUUUCAGAGUAGGAUAAUUGACUUUAUUAUGUUGAUCAAUCAGACAUGAUUUGAUAUUUGAAUGAUUUAUAGAAUGAUUACAUUAAAUAAUUUAUAUGUAAUAAGAUAUAUUUAUUGUAAAAAAUAUGAAAUUCAUAUAUAUUGUAUUUAAUUUCGAAUACCAAUCUGUUUUUUUAAUUUAGUUAUAGUUGUCGAUGAGUUGUCAGUUGUAUUUUUAAUCAUACAUUUUCGUCAUUAGUGUAAUAAAACUACUGGGAUGAGAAAAUGAAUAAAUUCCAAUGUUUAUAUUUCUCAGAAAUAUGUUUUGUUAUAAAUGUCACCAUUAUAUUGAUGUGUCAAUUACUAAGCCCUACCACUAUUAUCUGGAUUGGUUCAAAAGUAUGUUGUUACUUUUGUAGCCAAAUUUGUAGCAACGUCUAAGGUUUUGUCUUUUCUUCCAUAUUUGUUGCAAGAGAUAAACAGUUAAUUUAUAUUGAUUCUAAUAAUUCAUAUAUGGAAUCGAUAUCACAAAAAUGUAUGAUUAGAAAAUCAUUAAUUAUAAUUGUACAAUUAAUUGUCGUUGAUUUUAUAUAGUCCUAGACUAUGCAAGUAGUAUUUUGAUGUUUGUACAAAAUAAUUGCUUAUGUAAGAUUUGUGUUUAAAUUAUUUCACCUUACGUGACCGCUCCGAUCCGAUGCGGACGGGGUUUAUGAGAUCACAUCUCAUACAUUUUUCUUGUUAAAAUUAAUCCAUUAGCGUCACACAAUUUGACUUAACAACCCAUUGCAUUCCAUUUCGUUCUUGUCCGAUAUUUAUUAACUUGUUUUCGAAUAUUGUUAUGUCAUUUUUUGUUAUUACUUAUUAGUGUUAAGAAUAUUUUGACGCACCAGCGAGUGGUCCUUUUGUUUAUCUAAGCACUAUGUAUCCAAUGAAUUUGUUUUCCUGUGGUUUUAUGUUCAAACUAAUCGAUCACAAUCGUCGUAUACCUAUUCAUAUAGGGCAAAAUAAUCGAAUAUAAAGUAGAUGAAAAGAUUUAAUCGUAUUAAAAAGAGUUUAAAUGUAAAAUCACACGAAAUUGAACGAAGGUUAAAAACUAUAGCUUAAUAUAAUAAUUAUCUAAUAAUUUAUCUCAAAAUGUGUGUUGUGUGAUUCAAGAUGUUGUUAUAUUUACUAAGUAAUUACAUUUAGUGAUAUGUCGAGCCAUUUUUCAGAUAUGGUAAUAAUAGUUCGUUAUUAUAAUAAAAAUAGUAAUGAAUAGUUACUUUAUCUGAUAGUUAGAAGUAUUCGACCUAAUCGAAUUAUGGUCCCAGUAUAACGGCUCGGCACAUCUCUAUUACUCUAUGAUUAAAUCACAUCCAUAUUGACAGUCAGGCUUGAAUCACACACGUCAAACUAAAUUGCAAGUGAAAUGUAGCACUUUGACACUAUGAACUAACGGACAGUGGUUUCUAUCAAGAACAACUAAAGAUGACUGAAGUAAAAUCUUAUUAUAACUGUUAAAUUGAAUAAACCGCACAAAAUA